UUCGUUAAAUUUUGUUAUUAAGAGUUCGGAUAAAAGACUCUCUCACGCAUUUUCUCUCCAUUUUUCUGAUUUCGUAAAUCCUCAAUCGAAAUUUUGUUUCCGCCAUAGCUUCGAAGCUCGCGUAUGUACUGAGCUUUUUCCGAUUGGGGAGCUUCAGGUGCUGGUUGGAGUUGAGUGUUGGCGUUUGAAGAGAGGAAUUUGAAGAUGAGUUCACGCAGCAGGAGCCGAAGCCGUAGCCGUAGCCGUAGUCGAAGCAGGAGUCCUCGAGAUCGUAGAAUGCGAUCUCAACGCCCUUCUUUUCGUGAUGCUCCGUAUAGGAGAGAUGCACGUCGGGGUUUCAGCCAAAGCAAUGUCUGUAACAACUGCAAACAGCCAGGUCACUUUGCUAGAGAAUGUACAAAUGUUGCUGUUUGCAACAACUGCGGUCUCCCUGGGCAUAUUGCUGCUGAGUGUACCACAAAAUCUCUGUGCUGGAACUGUCGUGAACCUGGGCAUAUGGCCAGCAACUGCUCAAAUGAGGGCAUCUGCCACGCAUGUGGUAAAGCUGGGCACCGUGCCAGAGAAUGCCCGAAUCCUGAACUUCCACCUGGUGACUUGAGACUCUGUAACAAUUGCUUCAAGCAAGGCCAUGUUGCUGCGGAAUGCACAAAUGAUAAGGCAUGCAAGAAUUGCAGGAAGACAGGACACCUUGCUCGUGACUGCUCUGAUGAGCCUGUUUGUAACUUGUGCAAUGUCGCUGGCCACGUGGCCAGGCAAUGCCCAAAAGCUGAUGUUCUUAAUGAUCGGGGCAGUGGUGGUGGUGGUCGUUAUGGUGGUUUUGGAGGUGGUGGUGGACAUGGUGGUGGAGGUCGUUAUGGUGGUUUUGGAGGUGGCGGUGGUGGAGGGUAUCCCAUGGGAGGAGGAGGGGGUUAUCGUGAUAUCAUCUGCAGGAGUUGUGGCCAGAUGGGACAUAUGAGCAGAGAUUGUAUGGGCGGUCCAGCUAUGGUUAUCUGUCACACCUGUGGUGGUCGAGGACAUAUGUCUUAUGAAUGCCCUUCAGGAAGAAUGAUGGAUCGCAUGCCGCCAAGGAGGUACUGAGAUGGCAUGUCUUAGUGAUUACACUUUGGAUGAUGGAAUUGCUUUCCAUGGAGCUAGUAGACCGAAUAAAAACUCGUAUUUGGUUGAUUAGUCAUUACGGAAUUUUUGGUGACUUUGUUGCUGCCGUCUUGGUUUUGAAUUUCCUGUUGAGAAUUUAUAGAGCUAUUACGUUAUUGGUUAGUUUGAAUUUAUUCUCGUUUAGUUUUUGUGUGCUACAGAAGUAUUUGCUGCAAACUAUAGAGGAGGCUGAUUGUAUUUUAAUAUUUUUAUUGCCCUCUUGAUUGUGAUUGGUAUUCGUAUUUUUUUUUUUUUUUUUGGUUAACAAGCUUCAGGCUCUUUCGAUGA